ACAGAAAUGGGCGCCGGAACCCAGCCCCAUAAAUUGUAGCACCCUCCAGCUUGUUCAAGCCCGUCCUUGCGAAUGUGACUCGCAUUUCAGGAAGCAGUACUUUUCAAAGGCUCCUAUUAAGCAGGAGGAUCAUUUUACUCUCGGUCAGUGUUUAUGGGAGUUGCCGCUUCGUGAGAUGGGUCAGUCAGCGCUAUUCGUUGUGAGUCGCGAUGAACAUCAGGACGCAUGCCAUCGCCUUUUGCCCCACCUACAAGUCGGAGCUUGACCUUCAUAGGCCUCGCCUCAUUAAGUGCACCUCACGACAAGGGGCAAUUGUCAGAGGCGUCAACGGCCAGAAUUUCAAGCUUUGGAAAUUGAGUGUGUUAUUAAAUCUCAUGAGUGUCGAAUACAUUUUAACAUGUCAGUGCUUUCGCUCUAAAUAGCCCUGAUCAAUAGGGCAUGUCCACAGGACAUUGCACGAGUUUUUUGUCAAAAAGCCCCCAAGUUUAGAUGUGGCUCAUACGAGUCUUCUGCAAAAGCUAAGCUUUUCAAGGCGUUUUUAAAAGGAUGUGUAAGCAUUAGACGAGGUUGAUCGAAAAGGCUAAUACAUCGCGCGAAAAAAAUAUUUGUAUCGUAAAUAGCUUGAAGACACGUAUCAAAUGAUGAUAAUAUCGCGUACAAUGUACAAGCAUUGGCCAUGUACGGAAUGCAUCGAUUUAUUCAUUACAGUUGACUAGCAUUGCUUUUCUACGCACCUCAAAUUACAAGCAGGUAAGUGAAGGUUCUCUUUCCCUUCAUUUACCCUUUUCCCUCGGUCCUCUCGGCCCACUGCUUGCUCAAAGCCAGCAUUUUUAACUUUCCAACCAUCGUGUCCGACACGGCCCGCAUCCGUGAGGCAAGCACGCGCAUGACUCCCUCCUUAGCUCUCAAGGUGAUGGCGUUAGGCUGCACUCCGUCCCUUUCCAUCAUCUCAAGAACCUCUACCAGCAGUCGUUGGCCUCCGCCCCCCUUGCUCCCUUUCCUGUCCGCUUUACCCAUCUCUUUCUCUAGGCAGGCGUAAAUCAAGCCGUUGUACACGCGCACGUCCGGCACCCACUUUUUUCCCCGCAUAUUUUGCACCCAUUGCAAUGCCGUCUCUACCUCCCCCGCCACACAGGCGGCCCGGAUAACUUGCGCGUAGGUGCUUCGGGUCGGCCGCACGCCCAAGGAAGGACAUAGCGUCAUCUCCUUCCACGCCGCCAGGACCCCGUCCAGGUCCCCCUUGCGGGCCAAGGCGGCCAUCCAGGCGCUCCAGACCGCACCCGCCCAUUUUCCGUGCGACUGUUGGGGCGCUGCCGGCAUCGGUGCCCCCGGAUUGCGACGAGCUUUGAAAGCUUCAAAAAUCUCCCGCGCCGCCACCAGGCGGGAGGUUGGCUUCUCCGGUGCCGAGGGCUGCUGGGAAGACGAAGGGGCAGACGUGUAGUGCUGUAUAAAUGCCACGAAGAGCGAGUCAUGGACGUAGGUCUGUCGAGCCAGCGCGUUCUUGAGGAGCAGCUCCGCCUUCUCCACUUGCCCACACCGCAGAAGCGACAAGACCAAGACACUGAAAGUCCUUUCAUUGGCUGGUACUCGCAAAGCUUCCAUUUUCUCCUUCGCUUCGGUCACCCCGGCCAAGUUCCCCCGUACAGCAUGCGCCUUCAUGUACGAAUGGAUGACGUAAUGGUCAAUGGCGAACCCUGCGGCGUUCCGGGCCGCGUGGAUUGUUUCCAAGGCCUCAACGUCACCGAGCUCUCCCGCGAAAUCCAUCAAUAUGUUGUACGUGAUGGAGUCCGGGCCGCCAAAGAGAUGAGAGGUGCCGAAAGAGCGGCGCGCGGCGCCUGGGGCUCUGGAAUGUGGCGAGGAAGACGAAGGAGACGGAGCCGUUGCUGUAGGAGUAAUGGCAGCCAAGGUCUGCAAAUAGGAAGGGAGGUGUACAGCGGCCUCCAAGACAGCCCGCGGGGUGGUGGCUUGCGUCCACAGGGGCGAACCGCCGUUGGGAGGGAAAACAAGGAGGGGGAGGGGGGCCAUGUCCCCCCCCUCUCCCUCCAUGUCCAGACCUACCACGUAAUCGCGGUAGGCCUUGAUCAGUCCGUUGAAAGCCACUAGGCUGGGAAUGACCCGCGGACGGGGCACUCGGCCCAUAGCCUCUUUUCCUCUUUCCGACCGCUCUCUCCCCUUCCCUCCCUCCGCCGGACUCACACCUUCCCUCGGCGCAAAAAAGCUUCGCACAAAGACUUGGAUCGCGUCCCGGGGCCGCUCCAGGCUCAACAUGGCUUCCAUGACCGUGCAAAUGGUCACGUCGUUCUGCUUGAGGCCAUGCGCACCGAGCAACGCCGUGGCCAGGUCCAGGGCUUCCUCCCACGACACCCCGUGGGCGAUGAUCUCCUCUUGCACAAGGGGAUGAAUCGUCUGGUGCGUGACCGGUACGGCAUUCUCCUUCAUUUUUUCGAUCAGGGAUCGGGCGCCCCCCAGGUUUUGGGCCUUACAGUGGAGGUCCACGAGCGUGUUGUAGGUCACUGUGUCGGCUUUGAACCCUCGACGUUCGAGGGCAUGCAAGGCCGCCCGGGCGCCCUCGACGUGCCCCAGCCCUCGGUACGCCUUGAUCAUGAUGUUGAAACUUUUCAAGUCCAACGUCCGCCCGGCCUCGCCCCCGGCCUCGUCGGCCUCGGCUUCGAAUUCCCGAUAAAGGGCGAGCGCCCGGGACGGUUGGCCGCACCGGAUGCACGCAUCCGCCAACACGUUACAGGAAUACGUGCUCAGGGGCAAUGCCUGGGCGCGCAUGGUCUUGACCGUCUCGAAAGCGUCCAUCAAAUUCCCUUUUAGGCCGUGUCCUUUGAUCAGGGUGGUGUACGUCCGGGUAUCGGGGGCCAUGCCCCGGUGCACCAUGGCUUGCAUCAACCCCGCGGCUGCCUUCAUGUCCCCACCUUCCACACAAAUGUUGAUCAACUCGUUAAAGGUCAACACGUCCGGCUCCACGCCCCCUUGCCGCAUUUCGUUCAGGACCGCGAGGGCCUGGCGUUGGGCCGCCGGAGUGCCCCUGCCAAAAAAGCGCUUCAACAAAAUGUUGUACGUGACCACAGUAGGUCGUAGCCCGUGUUCCUCUGUCAUUUUCUGCCACACGGCCAGCGUUUCCGCCUCGCCCCGACGACAGGCAAUUGCCGCGUUCAACAGGGCGUGGAACGUGUAGAUGUUCGGGCGCAGCCCUUCCGUUUCCACUUUUUGAGCCAGGGCAAGGACCUGGUCGAAAUUGCGUUGUUUGCUCCAGAAAUUAAUCUCAUUGUUGAUCUCCCACAGUCCACCCCCACCAUGCAGGUUGCGGUGCUGUGUCGAGGGCGGGGGACGACGACCUGGGAGACGCUUGGGAGGGUGGGCACGAGCGGGAGGGAUAGGGCUCGAGCUGCCAUGCCCGGUCACCAUCUCCAUUGUCACCUUUUUAGCUGGCUGUGUCGUAAAACAUCUGGCAUGCCCCCUACUGCAGGAAUGAAAAGAAGGCGAAUGGAAUGCCACACCGUCAAGGAACCAGCUGGAGGUGAGCAAGGCCAGUAGUCCGCUUAUCCGUGCAUCUCUGCCUAGAUUGAAUAUUCCUCGUAAAUUCGACCGCGGGCUCCGCUUUGCCUCGUUUGACCUCAUGUUGACCAUGCAGACUAAUAGGGCACGGCCCUCCGGGCCAACCUGAGCCUCUUAUGAGACGCUGCUAGCGCGAGCAAAGCCAGCUUUUACAGCACGUGAUGUCUCUCACCGAACAGUGGGCAAUGGCAACAAACUUUCCCCUG